AGUGUUCAAUUCUUGUUGUGCAGUUUAUGGUUUUUAUGGUAACCAUAUUCAUGAGAUAAACUUUAAAUCACCAUCAGCAGCAGCAUUGCAGUUUUUCCUUGAUUGUACGCGAAUAGAAGCAGGCUUUGUUUUGCUCAUCUUCAUUCUAAAGAGAAAAAAGUUUUCUUCCCUCAUAACAACUGUAAAGCGGGUAUUAGACGAAGCAAACAUUUGCUAUUUUUAGUACGAAUUUUAUUUGCACAAAAUAAAAUCCGUACCAAAAAUAGCAAAUAUUUGCUCGUCUAAUACCUGCUUAAGCUUACAUUCAAUGUGCAUCGACCAACUGUUGUAGAGAGAGCGCAGAGUAAUAGUUUCUCUGACGAAAAAACGCUCCUAGUUUGACAGAGCAAAAACCCAAUGAAACGCGCAAUUCCGCGCACGCAAGGAAAGUGAAAUAAAUUGCUCGGCGAGCAUUGCGUUAACGUUCUCAUCGCUCUGGGGUGCGGCAAAAACAGUAUAAAAUCGAACUUUCGGCAGAAUACGCACCCAUGUUCAACAGGAGAUCCCUCUUGAAGCAUGAAUUUGUGUUGAGAAGUUUGAUGGUAUUUGGCAAACUAUUCCAGAAGACAAUGCCUCUGACAAAGAAUGAUUGGCUGUAGUAGGAGGUACUAUGCUGAGGCAGCAAUAUAUGGAUUCCAUUAAAACGACUUGCCGUCUCUGUUUGGAUGUCUUUACCGAAUUGGGUGUUUCUAUUGAAGAUGACACUAUACGACACAAAAUAGUAACUUUGUUCAGGUUGCAGCUCGAUGUGAAUGCAAACUUACCCAAAAAAGUAUGUUCCAGAUGUUCGGUCAAAGUUAAUGAUUUUUACAUAUUCUCAGAGAUGGUUCAAUCCAAUGAACAACAACUUAAAAACGAAGGAACGAUGCAACCGCUAAUGUCUAUGGUUGACAUCAAAAAGGAAACCCCUUUUACACAGCAGAUUCAAUCAGGGCAUAAUUCCUCUGGCAGUGUGUCAACCUCAGAUGAAAACUGCGCUGGCUCAAUCAAUUUACAAGUAGAACUGGAGCUUUUAAAGGCUGAGGAAGGUGAUGGCACGGACCAUACGGAAGAUGAGAUUCCUUUAGCAAAACGAAGAAGUAAACAGGCGGAAGAAAACCUCUUUUUCAAGGAUUACUACUUUCUUGAAUGUGAAACAUGUCACUUAACAUUUAAAACUUUUCAAGACUUCAACGGGCAUACACUUGAUAUUCAUAAUAAACCACCUACAAUCCAGUGCUGCAAUCGCAAAAUUACCAGCAAGUUAAAUAUACUCAAUCACAUAAAAAAACAUAUCACUUCGAAAAGAUUUAAAUGUGAAUGCGGCAAAAGUUUUACCGGGAAGUAUUCAUAUAAACAACAUCUUGCGAAUCACGUUGCCAAAUCGUACAAGUGUAUGUACUGUAGUAUUUUUUUUAAAACGCGCACUGGACUUAAUAAUCAUCAGAGGACACAUACCAGUCUACAGUGCACUAUUUGUCAAAAGAUUCUUGCCGGCGAGAAAUCUUUGCAAAAGCAUAUGUCUUCCGUCCACGAUGCAGUCAACGCAAAAAAGUACAUUUGCGACUGUUGUGGACAAGAGUUCCGAACAAGAUCUGCACUGAAUCGGCAUAUUAAGAAGCAACAUCUAGGUGUGAGAGAAACGAGAGUCCAAUGUGAAUUGUGCGAGACCUGGUUAAACAAGACCAACAUGAAGGCGCACUUAAGAACGGUUCAUAUCGAAGCAAACAGCUCCUUGACCUGCGAUGUCUGCCAAAAUGUUUACCCGAAUAGGAAGUCUCUAGUAACACACAAAUGGCGUGUUCACGUGGAGGAAAAGUUUCAAUGCGAAGUGUGCGGUAAAAAGUUCAAGCGAAGCAUUUGCCUACGUGAACAUCGUGCGGCGCACAGCGGUAUGCAGACCCUGUACGAAUGCGACGUGUGCGGGAAAACCACAAACUCGAACGGAAAUCUUUAUUCCCACAAGAAGACUAAGCAUCCUGAUGAGUGGCUAGAGGCGAAGAGAAAAGCUGCUGAGGAAGGAUCCUAACAAGACUCGAACAGAUGAUUUGCUGAAAGUCAGAUAUGUGACACAUUCGAUAGCAUGUACUAAUAAAUAAAUAAAGGAA